AAUAUCCCAAACAAACAUAACCAUAGUUGAUUCGAUUAGGGCUUUACAUUCGACGGAGUAGUAAUUUUACUAAGUUCGCCGGAAUCUGUGAACUGCGGCGGCUGUAAAUUUAUUCGUUAUUUUGGCGGAAGAUAUGGAUUCGCAGAAUGAUGUGGAUGUUGCUAAGCAAGAGCGGAUUUCGAAGCAGAUCAGCAACGAAAAGAAGGAUGCGGCAGUGAAUGAGGAGUUGCAGAGGAUGAGACGUUUGCCUCCCAAUAGUAGCUACGCCUCUCACCGGCUGCGCGUCCUCCACAAGAUCGCUCACCUCCUCUCCCUUGAGAGAACUUCCUCACAGGAUGAGGAGUUGGAGUUGCUCUUCGCCGGACUUCAUAUCUAAGAAAUGGAUGCUACAGAACUGAAUUCUUCCACCCCAUAUCAGCGGUGCUGGAUGAGAACCUGAAGAUACUACCAAGAAUGCGAAUUUCGGUGUUUACUAAUUGAGGUAUGUAGUAUAUAGGCAUUGUAGAGUUAUUAAACCCCGAUAGUACUGAGUUGUAUUUUUGUGUAUAUUGGUGUUGCUUCAUCGUGCCAGCAUUUUGUGUUUUGGGCGCUGAAUUGUGCAGCUGUGCAUGCUCUUUGGAUCAUUAGAUGUAUAACAUCUUGAACAGAGGAGAUUCAAUUAUAAAUAAGAAUCUAAAAUUAUAAAUU